AUGUUGCGGGCAUUAUCUCCUUCAAAACAUGAACCAAUACAUUUGAACUCAUCUCCAUCAUUUUCUGUUUCGGAUUUACGUUCUAGUUCAUUACCAUCUGAAGCACAUGCUAUUUACCCCAUGGUUUUCCCUCGGAAUAGUGCUCUUCCACCCUCAGUUGGACAGUCGUCAUCUCCUGCACGUACUAGAAGUGGACAACGUCAACCUAUUGAUAUAACUUCAGCCGCAUUUCGAUGUUAUAGUGAAAGCGAAGAUGAGGCAGAGGAAGAAAUUGAAGCUGAAUGCGAUGUUGAUGACAGUAUUGAUUACAGUUGUCUUCCUGGGGAUAGUUCCCGCCUGGACCUUCGAAAUCGACCAGGCUCUGCAUCCCCUUUGCAAGGUCUCAGACUAUCUAUCAUUUCGUCUGGCAAAUAA